AUGGCCGCGCCUGUCCAAGACGAUGGUGAGAAACUGCAAGAGCUGAUCCAGCAGCUCUCCGAAGCGGCCAAGGGCUACGACGCAAGUCCAGGGGCCGCUGGCUACAUCUCGCGGACAAAUGUGUCGCAAGUCGCAAAGGAGAUUGUGCGACUGAUGAUGGCUCCAUCAGACAUGUCAAUGCAUCACUCUGCCAAUAUGCUAGAGAUCGUAGCGGUACGCACGAUGCUAUCGCUAGGUGUCUUCGAGAAGAUCCCCCAAGCCGGGUCGAUAUCGCUAGCAGACCUCUCGGCCGCUACCAAGGUCCAAGACUCGCUUCUGGAGCGACAACUUCGACUGCUCGUCGGUACGGGCUUUCUCGACCAGACGCCAGACUACGAAUACGUGCACACCAAGUUCUCCAAGGCCUACAUUCAGGUCCCGGGGCCUGGCAACUUUUUCCAGUUCAUGAACGAUGAGUGCAUGUCCACCAUGGUGCACUUCUACCAGUACCUCAAAGACCGAGGCGAGGUGCCGGUACGGGAACCCGACGACCCUGUUCGCAACCCCUACACGCACCGUCACGGUCAGGACGGCGUGCCCGUGUGGCAAAUCAUGGCGCAGUUCCCGGACCGUCUCAGGGCCUUCCAGCUCGGCUUCAUGUCGCAGGAGGACUCGGUCCCCAUUGUCGGCUUCUACGACUAUGGGGCACUCUACGACCCGGACAACGACGGCGACAGGGUGACCCUCGUCGACCUCGGCGGCGGACAGGGCCAGUCGAUAGCCCAGAUCCUCAGAGCGUUCCCGUGCCUCGAGGCUGAUCGCAUGGUGCUACAGGACCUCCCUGAAAUCAUCGCGCAGACACGGUCGAGCGUCGGUACCGAAAGUAGUAGUGAUAGCAGCAACACCUCUCUCCCCGCGGGAGUCAGGACCAUGGUCCAUGACUUCUGGACUCCGCAGCCCAUCAAGGCUGCCAAGGCGUACUUUUUCCGACGCAUCAUGCACGACUACUCGGACGAGAACUGUGCCAAGAUCCUCGCCCACGUCCGCGACGCCAUGGCUCCCGACUCCAAAGUGCUCAUAGCCGACAUGGUCAUGCCCAAGCGAGUCUAUGAAGCCGACUUGCCCGCCGCUGCAAUGGACACCUGCGUCAUGGUCAUGGGCGGAAAGGAGCGCACAGCCCAAGGCUUCGAGAAAAUCCUGGACCAUGCCGGUUUGAAGCUGGAGAAAAUCUGGCAGAGCAGGCAAGGCGGUGCGGCUGGGAAUAUCCUCGAAGCCAAACUUAAAGACUAG